CGGGAAUCUCAGUCGCUGCGAGGAACGCAUCUGCCCCAGUGACAUCGAAUAUCCCGUCGGGAAGGGCGUGGUAUAUUAUCUGGCAUGAGAGAGCAUAGCAUCCGUCAGUCUUGUAUUCUCGUUGGGGCGUAUCUUGCUUCUGUCUUUUGACCAGCGAGUCGGUCAUUCCUUCUGGUCGCAGGUGCUCGGUUCCUCCAGGCGAGUGUGUAUACCCACUAACACAGGAAGCGAAAGACGCCGUUCCUUAUCAGCAACCUCCCAGCUCAAACCGCAUGCACAGAGGAUUUUGACCGCCACAAGUCACGACAUGAAACAGAUGAAAGAGGUACUCGACGAGGGUCAUGGAAAGGCUAUCAGAGUUUUUACCUUCGUCACGUUAUUCUUUCUUCCCCUCCCUUUUGUUACUAGUUUCUUUGGGAUGAACACUACAGAUGUCCGCGAGUUAGGCAGAGUUCAGAGGGUAUUUUGGUCAUCUGCAGUACCAUUUACUCUGGCAGUAUCUAGUCUCGCUCUCAUUUUUGGAUACAAGUGGGACAGGGUCGCCGCAUUAUUCUUCAAGACAUUCAAGAUUCAAGAUCCAUCAAGGGUUUAUGAAGAGCUGGAAAAAGGAUCACUUUUCUCAGCUAGGUGAUGAAAAUACCAGAACUAGCCGCAGGCCUGGUUCUUCCUCGAUACCGACUCUGGGCAUAUCAACGAAGUCUGGUCUCGAAACGAGAAAGGACGGAAGCCGUGGGAGAAAAGGGUUGACAUUGCAAGCGCAUCAGAGUCCUUCCGGGGAUUGUCAGUAGUUUAGAUUUGCUACAUCAAAAUUUUAUCUAUAAAGAUAUCAAGAACUUCUAAUUCAAGGGCGAAUGGUAAAUCAA